CGGGUGCGCGGGCGCUUCGUGUCGGCCUCACUCCAUGCCCGAGCACGACAAAUACCAGCUGCGGCCGCGGGCUGCGAGGAGCCGCGAGCCUCGCGCCCGACGAACUCCUCAACCCCUCAGUAAAUACCGGAGGAAAACAGCCAACGCAAGGGAACGAAGCCGAAUGAGGGAAAUCAACCGAGCCUUUGAAGCUUUAAGACGCGCUGUACCCGCCUCUGAGAUCACGGGGACGCCGGUUCCGUGCGAGAAGCUCACCAAGAUCACUACUCUGCGACUGGCUAUGAGAUACAUCACGGCUCUGUCUGCAGCCUUGAGGGACGAUGGCCCUGAGACGGAAACAACUCGGCCGGAUCGAUGGCCUUCGCCUCUUUGCUCGGAUCUGUCGGAGUUCUCGACGGAACUGGACCAGGAGACUCCCUCCGAGUUCGCGGAGGAUUCGUUGUCUCCAUUCGAUUCGUUCUUUGCGGAGUUCGACUGUGAUUACAUCGAAAGGACAUUUGCGUGACAGUUUUGUGAUGUGUCGUGACGGACUGGCACCUGCUUAGGUACACGUUCAACUUCCAGUUUGCCAUAUUAUUAAUAAAAUUUUAUACUGUAUGUUUUUAAAUUAUUAUUUUUAUUAAUAAAUUAAUUGUUGACGU